UAAUUCCAGGCGCUCUUUUACGCUUGUUUGGUAUUGUUCCUCAGGAUGCAAAACUUAACAGAGAGGAAUAAUAAGCAACGAGCUGGCUCUCGGCAUAGGCUAAUGUAUGUAAAUAUUUUGUAGCGUAGCGAACUCAGUUGAACGCUACAUAAACAUACCACUCAAAUGGGAGUUUGCCGCACUAGUUGAGGAGAGAAAAGCGCUCUUAUUCAACAACACGAAGAAAAGUGCAGACAAUAUUAGCUAGCUAGCGAACUAGCAACCAGGCGAAUUGUGGUUUGUUCAGUUUAACUUUAAAAAACAACCGCUAUGGUGGACUAUUUCAGGAUUUUUACUUUUUGUGCGACUCGGUUUUUUCUGUUUUUCCAUUUCGUGUUUGUGGAUCGUUUAUACACAGAGCUCGCGCCACCGACAGUAACGUUACAGCUCGAGGCCUGUUGUGGCUCUCACUAAAAUGCUGUUUAUCGUUCAGUCCUUCGUGUCUGUGCGCUUUAUCACAAAAGCUCUUUCUACUGAGGCAUUUGGGAUCUGACACGCAUGGAAAGCAGACUCUAGUCUGUGUUACAUCGCCUACACCAGCUUAUUAUCGCCGGACUGACCGUCUGGAGGAUCUUCUCGAUACCCAGCAAAGCUUUGACAUGUUAACAAGCAGACGACUCAAAGCCGCUCAUCUGCUUGCGAGUCAUGUCAAACUACACUCUUUGUUUGAGGCGUUGGGUGAAGCCUGGUUGAUUGUGUUCUCACAGUUAUCGUGGAUCGGGGGUCUGAGCAAGACUCGCUGUCAGUAGCCGAUCAGCCCGCUUCUUCGUCCUGCCGUUGACUGAUCUCACUGAGAUGAACCCGGUGAACGCCACCGCGCUGUACGUAUCGGCGUGCCGCUCUCUUCUGCAGUGCGACCCGAAGGACCCGGACACAUACGGAGGGCUGUUUAACGUCCUGCCUUUCUUUAGAGACUCCCUAUCCUGCUUGGUGUGCGGGAAUUUGCUUCAGGAUCCAGUUGCACCAAAAAAAUCCUCCUGCCAGCACUAUGUUUGCAAGGGUUGUAAAGGCAAGAAAAUGUUAUUGAAACCAUCGUGCAGCUGGUGUAAAGACUAUGAGCAAUUUGAGGAGAAUAAACAGCUCCAGAUUCUGAUCGACUGCUACAGGAAUCUCUGCGAGUGUGUCUCGGUGUGCGUCACAACAGAGCAGAGUGCCUCGGGGGUCAAGGGUUACCCUGAGAUCAAGAAGAUGCUGGAGGAGGUGUUGGGGGUGAGUCAGGAACAAGAAGACCUCAGUCCUGUCAAAGACACUUUGGAUGUUCCUAAUCUCAAAACAGAGACUGACUCCUCACAAAACUCUACUGAUGUCAACUUGACUGACUCGGACAAACCCUCUGAGCAGAUCCCAGCUGAACUAGAGACCCCUGAGCCUGUCACUGCUGACGAACCUCAGAAAUGUGACUCAGAACUACACAUGGGUACUUGCACUGUUAAUGUAAAGUGCAAAGUUAGUCAAGAGACAAGCGCCGAAUCGGUGCAGCCCAGUGCGGAGAGCACAAGCGUCCAGGAGGACCUUAAACCUGACAUUACGAGCAAGGAGGUGUCGUGGGGACAGACUAAAUCAACACCCGAGCCGUGUCAGAACUCAUUACAGUCCCAAACCAGCGGCGCCCUUGCACCAGGACACCCACCACAACCUCAGAUGGGCCUAACAUGCCUCACCACAGCCCACAGAAAAGUGCACCUGAGCCGAAAGCGCUCUCGCUCUGAAAGUGACAGGGAGAUGCUCCAACCUCUGCCCAUCACCAGCCUCAUCCAGGGGCCAUCGGUAGCAGCCACAGCUCCGCCGAAAACCGCAUUUGAACCGAAAGCGCCCUCCCCACCUGCUGCCGUGCUCACUAACGGAGGCGUUUUGAAGGUUAAUAAGGCUGUGCUGGAUUCAACUAAAAAUAUCCAGAUAAACACAGACCUAGGUAAUAAGAAAGUUCAGGUGAAGUCUAAAGUGGCCGUCCCGAAGGCAAAGGCCAAAGUGAGGGACAGGCUGCUGUCAGCUAGCGUUUUAGCAGGACAACCAGGACAGCCCCCUAAAGUCGUAUACAAAAAGACGCAAGAGAAAAAAGGAUGCAAGUGUGGACGAGCCACUCAGAAUCCAAGUGUUCUUACCUGCAGAGGACAAAGAUGCCCCUGCUACUCCAACCGUAAGGCCUGUUUGGACUGCAUCUGCAGGGGCUGCCAGAACUCAUACAUGGCCAACGGGGAGAAGAAGCUGGAGGCUUUCGCCGUGCCCGAAAAAGCCCUGGAGCAAACCAGACUCACUCUCGGAAUCAACCUCACCAGUAUUUCUGUCAGAAACGCUGGCACGAACACUGCAGGAGUUCUCAGUCUGUCCGCAGGCUCCCCGAUGGCCUCUUUCCUCACGUCCAGCGCAGACGAGGACCAGAGUUUUGAAGAUGCUCUCGAGAUGCAUUUCGACUGUUGAUAGCUGUCCUGCUACUGAUCUCUCUCUCGCAGCCGUGAUCAAUUCCCGGUUUAUGUCGAACAGAAAUUGUUUGCCAAAACUCUUGUCUGUAGUUUUCAUGUCCAACCUCUCCCAUCACACACAAACACACACUGCUGUAAUGGAAAGUUACUGUGAAGCUGAGUGUUAUGGCAUAUUUAGUUUUUAUUUUGAAGGAACUGUUCGCUUCUGUGUGGCUGUUUUAUUCACAAAGAACUUAGGAUCUGAUAAAUGACUGUUGUUUUUCUUUAAAUAUUCAAUGACCCAAACCUUAAAAUGAGUUUUGCAGGUAUUUGUGUGAUACGUUUGUUGGGUAACACGUAUAGCUCAUUAUAAGCUGUCCCAAAGCAGUUAUUAAUGUGUUCACAUUCUGUGGUGAAAUUGGUUUUUCAAAUUUAUUUUUAAAUAUAUAUGAAUAUAUUGCUUCUAAACAUUCAUCGAAGGUCAAAUUAUAUACAGCUAUCUGUAAUGCCUGUUUAACGUCAGAUAAAAUCACAAUUUACUAAUGGUGGAAAAAUGUAGCACUUAGUCCCAAUAGUGUUAAUGGGUUUUAGACACCUGUCCUGGUUGCUAUAGUGGUCACUUCCUGCGUCACCUCUUGGGUGUCCGGCCAGGAUAUUGAGUUAUUCUAUUAUUAUUUUUUUAAAUAGGUGGAAUAGGUUCCUUAUUUUUCUAAAUGGAAAAUAGUGCCGUGUCACUUUUUAUUUGUCAUGUUCCAGCUUUGAAAGAAAGACAUUUCAAUUCCAUGUUUGUCGGCGGUUUUGUAAGGAUGCUGAAGCACAGAUAUGUCACAAAAGCUAUGUCCUCACUAUUGUUCAUUGUUAGUUCAGACUGAGCUGACUGUUUCAUCAGUCCAGUAUCUACAAAGAUUUCUCAAACAAGUGAAUGUAAGCGUGUUCAGUGUGUUGCCUGAGAAUGUAUUCAUGGCAGUGAUAUUUUUAAAGCAAUAUGAGAAUUAAAAUGUUAGAUCUUAUAAACCCUUUCCCCACACAAAGUCAUCAUAUUUGUUUUGAUGCAAACUGUAAACGAGUAUUUCAAGAUGUUAUUUUCUUUGAACGUUUGCCUGAGCACCUUUUAGCACCCAUUCAUGCCUCUUUACUCUGAUGCUGAUUAGUUGUGUUGUGAUUCCUGUUCUAGGGACCAAAACUAAAAAUAUGUGUUGAGAAAGGUCAGUGAACGUGUUUACUGUUACACUGGGCGUUUCAUGUCUUAUGUAAUGAAGCAGGGUAGACAGUGUGCUUCAUCCGUAUCCUUAAAUAUGCUUGAAAACACUUAUCAGUAGGGCUUUGACCAAAUAUUGAAAAAUCUUCUAGUUAAGUCUUGGAUCUUAGUGGGAUAUCGUGUUGUAUUUUCAAAUCGUAUAGUUUGGUAGCGUUGUUGUAUUCCUCUCUUUGCUUUUCAGUGGUCAUUACUUGAACUCAGAUUUCAGUUUCUUGAUUUUUGAAUUACUGGAGAACCUCUUAUUAUUGCUGGUUUAUUCA